AUGCUUAACCACGGAGCUUAUCCACCUGAGAACAUGACCAAAACUACAAACCUACAAAGUGUCUUUAUCAGAGAUGGGGGCAAGUCACACAUGUUCAAGUCUCAAGGGGCGGUGUGUUCACUGAAGGACUUCAUUCACUUCUUAAACCACUACAGAGCAUCACUUCCCUCUUCAUCUCAUCUCAUCAGAGUUUCAAGAGUGUCUGGACCAGUGUUUGUCAGAACUGUUUAUCUGAAACAUCUGGAGAAAAUGUUCCUAGUGAUUUUCCUCUGUUUGUGCUCGUGGAGUCUGGAGGGUGUGUUUGGUUCCGAGUCUGUGAUGGAGGGAGAUUCUGUCCUUCUGUCUGUGAAUAUCACUGAAGCACAGAGACGUGAUGGAAUCAUGUGGACAUACGGUCCUCACACAAUUCCUCUAGCUAAACUCAAUGCUGAGAAUAAUAAAACAUAUAAUGGCCCUGAUGGGAGAUUCAAAGACAGACUGAAGCUGAGCGAGAGCGGAUCUCUCAUCAUCACAGACAUCAGAAUCAAACACUCUGGACUUUAUUAUAUCUCCACAACCACCCAAGAGACGCCACUCAAGAUAUUCAACAUUACUGUCUAUACUCGUCUGCCUGUUCCUGUCAUCACCAAUUCUUCAUCUUUAGAAGGAUCAUCCGGCUCAAAAUGUGUGUUGUUGUGUUCAGUAAUGGAUGUGUCACAUGUGAGUCUCUCCUGGUACAAAGGAAAGAGUUUAUUGUCCAGCAUCAGUGUGUCUGAACACAGAGACAUCAUCAACAUCUCUCUUCAUCUGGAGUGUCUGGAUGAUUCUUACACAUGUGUGCUGAACAAUCCCAUCACAAACCAGACUCAACAUCUCACUUCUGAUGACUGUCAGCCAUGUCCAGAACGAAGCCCUCAUCACAUUUCAGAUUAUAUAAUCCCUCUCUCUGGUGCCGCUGGAUCUCUGACCAUUGUAACUGUACUUCUGAUCUUCUGCGUCUGCAGGAAAAACAGAAAAACAAAUCAAGAUGCUGAAACAGAUCAGGCGGGUGAACAGGAGAUCACUUAUGCAGAUACAACAUUCUGUAAAAGAGCAGGGCAAAAACCGAGAUGGGCAGUGGAGGAUGAUGUGGUGUAUGCAGGAGUCAUGAGAACAUGAUGCACUGGACGCUGCACUUACUCCGGUGUAAAUCACAACACUUUUACUCACAUUUAACAUUCCACAGUUUGUUUUUCUGUAUUUCAUACAUUGAGAUAUUAGCAUUUAUAAUAUGAUUCCCUGUUUAUACAUGAUGAUGGUCAGGCAACGAAGAGUGCCAGCUGUUCUAAAGUGACAAUAAUACGACAUAAAUGUUCAUUACAGAGACUAAAAACAUCCUUCUUUUACUGAACUUCUUUAGCUCGUUCAUAUCAAUGACAUCACAGAUACUGUACAAUAAAUUCAAUCUAAA